CCCGCGGCCAGCACAGCCAUGUCGGCGGCGGUGGCGGCUAGCUGGCAGGCGCCGUGGCGGGCGCUGGGAGCCCUGGGCCGGGAGCUGGCGGCCGAGUGGGCGGCGCAGGACGUUCGGGCCGCCCUUUGUCAGCUCCUGCUGCUCUGGCUGGGCCUCAGCCUGCUGGGCGUCUGCCUGGCCUGGCGCGCUUACGGUGGGGCGGUGGCCGCGCUCUGCUACCGUACGGGACCCGCCGCCCGUCGACCUCCCGGAACCGGCGCCGGCCUCGGCCUGAGCACCGGCACCACCUCCGGGUCCGCCCGGCCCCGCGCGCACUCCCUCUCCCCCGCCAGCCCGGCCGGCCGGAACGGCGGUGCCGAGAGGCACUACCCGCCCCGAGAGGGCCCAGCUGCGGAGCCAGUGAAGACACACCGGGAGUGAGGAGCACUGAGACCCACAGGGCACUGCCCGCACCAUUAAAGCGCUGUGCCCUA